CACAAUGCUGCAUCUACUAAAACAAGGCACAUGUGCAGGGAUGCUGCUGAUGCCACACCUGCCCCUCUGUGGUGGACUCGGUCUGUGAGGCAGUGCAGCACUCAGAGCGGUGCAGGUGGACUGAGAGAGAGCAGAAACUGCCAUCACCUGUUUGGGAAAUCUAGAACAACGAAGGACAAAAAAAAAAAGGAGGAGUCUUUAGAGAGCGGUGGUCUCGCUGUGUCCACCCACCCACCCACCCCACCCUGCUCUCUCUCUCACAUGCACACACUCUCCUCCUUGCCUCUCCUUUCCUCCCUCCCCGUUUGUCUCCUCCACUCUCCGAUGCUGGUGUGGUGAACAGCUAGACACUCGGCUGAGCUGCAUGGAGGCUCAGGGAGGGGCAGGGAGCCCAGAACCCAACAAAGACACCCAGAAGCUGUUGAAGCCGUCCGGCUCAGGUGACCUAUCCAAGGAGUCUUUUCACUGGCAGGCUGGGGAGGAAGAGGAGGGCGUCCUGUCGGGGCACACUGCCAGCCUGCUGCACAUCACCGAGAAGAGACAGCCACUGAGUAGUGUGUCCUCGCUGGAGGUGCACUUUGACCUGCUGGACCUGACCGAGCUGACUGACAUGUCCGACCAGGAACUGGCUGAGGUUUUUGCCGACUCUGAUGAGGACAUCCACAAUGAGUCCCCAGCGGGUUCCCACCAUCCUCUGCUGCCCAGAGCUGGGUGCAUGCGCUCCCCUUCUUGGACACGGUGCAGCAAGGUCGAGCCGCCGCGAGAGCGAAAGCACCACAGUGACUCGGACACCGCCGAGCCCUUGACAAGGCUGGAGAGGCCGAAGCAGCUGUGACAUCUGAUGCGAAACAGGCUGGCUGCAGAGAGAGAUAAGAUCCAGAGCCAGACGCACACAGCCAGAGAGGGACCAACACAAAGUGGACCAAGAGGUCCCCCCUCCUCCCCCCCAUCUGCCACUGUGCACCCACAUCACCACGGUGCUGAGAGUUCAGGUCGGACUCUAGGACAGCUAGGUCUGUAUUUUAACCAAAGGGUGUUGAGAUGUACAAUACACACUCGCUCUUCCUCUCUAUCUCUUGCUGUCUUUCUCUCUCACAUGCAAACCAACACAAUUAUUGUGAUUUUCAUGGAAGGAGUUCUUAAUGCACUAUAGCUUGGUUGUGAAUGACAGGGUAUGACGUCAGCGGAGUAACAUCACAUGCAUCCGCACAGCCUCUCAGGGUGGGACGUAGCUGGUGGAGUUCGGAAACUGGGACUCACAUUGAAUUACCCGGAUAUGAUUUGAAACAUAAAUCACGGCAACUGUCAAAGUAAAAGAUCCCGCUGAGGCUGUUGCUUAAUGCGUUGGUUUGAAAAUAUGACAGGUUGCUUUUCUGUUCUCGGCCAUAACGGUAACGUCAUCAGUGGAAGUGGAUGCCAGUGGGGCCAGUGCUCUUUAUACUCAGCACACCUUCCCCAUCUUGGAGAAGGUGUGUUGUUAUUGUAAUUGCCUAAACGGAAAUCACAGAAUCGUAUUUACAGUGCCUGCUCCCUCGCAGAAUUAUUGGCAUUCGGUGCAGAUGACACAAACAGCAAACUGACCAAGUGGCUAUAAGCAAUAUACCGUACCACGCUCAAACAUGUUCUCUGAUUUUUUUUCAUCCCUUCCUAACGCGAUCGUUGCCGGAGUUGCUGCUGUUAAAGUGGACAAAGUCUGUCAAUCAAAGUUGGUAGACGCGUUCACUUGAUCGGUGACACUUGAAGCAGAUGGAAAUGAAGGGAAGGGUCGAAUGAUAGUCGGGUUGACUUCAGUGAGCUUUACGUGAAUGAGAAAAACCCAACAAAGUGCCAACUAUUUUGUAAUCAUCUUUGAAAAGAUUUAUUCAACUCUUGAUGCAAUAUUUCCCUUUUUUCUAAGAAAAGCUUGGAGCUGAUUCCUUUUAUUUUAUUUUAUUUAUCUGACCUUUAGCUUGUCUUUACCAGGGUUGCCAAUAAUUCUGAAUGCUGUGACACGAUGGAUCAAAUGUGACACUAGGAUAAUAAAAGAAUCAAUAAAAUUCUUGAAAAAUUGUA